AGAGAGCGAGAGAGAGCAGUGGUCGGGAGGUGCUGGAAGUGUGAGGAGUAACACCCGUUUUCUGUGACACCAACUUUUGAAGGGACAACACUCGGCUAUUUUGACGAUCCACCAAGCAACUUUUAACAGCCUCUUGUGGACGUGGCCAAUGGUUUCCAAGGGGUCUUAAUGGCUGCAGUGACAGAUGAAGUAUUCCUCUGCACCAGCAUUGCGCAAACGACCCACGGGCUGACCAAUCAUCGCUGAGAAGUUUGAAAAUAGUUGAGAAGGCGGACCGAAGCGCUUCAAAAUACGGGACUCGUGUUUGCAUGCGAGAAGUUUGUCCAUCCAUCGCGUGUGUUCCUGCAAGUUCUGGUGUGUUGUGUAUGCAAAGGAGGCUGUCCCACGCAAUCCCACGCACUCUUCCCGCUGGUGUUAGGCGUGCGGAGUGUUAGAACUCGUGAGGCGGGAAAUGAAACGACCAGAACAUGCUACUAGUGAUGCACGAAAAUGGUGAAACUGCCUCGCGUUCCUGCUGAAAUCAAGACCAAGAUUAAGAAAACGAAGAAGAAAACAAACUUUGAACAACACAGUGAACCUUUUAAGAACCUCCAAGACGUUUGGCAGCAUUACAAAAUGGUUCAUUGGUUCUAUUCCUCUCAAAUGGUUCACAGUCAAUAUAUAUCGCAUGAGAUGGUUCGGAGCGAGUGACCUUUACAAUGAUGCGGUUCAUAAUCACCAAUACGAAAAGUCUGAUAUUUUAAUAACUUGACUUUAUGAACCGCUGAACUGGAACCAACUGGAACCUGCUUGACGUCAUGUAAGUUCUAUUUUGCUCUCAGGAUGCAGUAGAACCAGUCUGAACCACUUACAAGACUUCACUAAUCCUCAAAAAUCCACUCCGGCGACAAAAGAACCAAAUAGAAGCAAAUAAUCCCAGAACCAUUGAAGUAGAACCAUUAAGGCACUAUGUAGGUCCAAAACUCUUAGCUUAGAAUUAAAUAGAACCAUUCUGAACCACCCACAAGACUGCUACGGUGACAAGAACCUCCCCACUGUCAGUAGAACCAUCCAAGAACCGUCUGAGUGCUGGUUCGUCGGUCCCUCUCAUCAGGAUCAAUGGCUGUGGGAAUUUCAAAGGUUCUUCUCUCCCUCCUGGUUCUCGUGGGAAUUGUGUCCGCCUCUUUUCCAGUGUUCCCUAGUCUCCUGCCCCCGUCCACAACCCUCGUUGGACCAGCAGAGGUGGAGGAAGUGCGCCUCGAGGAUAGAGCUUUCUUCCUGCAGCCGAACAAUACAGAGACAAGAGUCCAAGUCGGGGCCCCUGUUAUCCUGCACUGCCCGGCUCACGAUGUAGGGGAUAACACUGUGUCAUGGAUACGCCGGAGGGACUAUCAUCUCCUGACCGUCGGCGACACCUCCUACACGAGCGACGAGAGGUUCCAAGUGCGCUACGUGAAGCAGGAGAAGGACUGGCAGCUGCACAUCCUGUACGUGCAGGCGAGAGACGAUGGUGUGUACGAGUGUCAGGUCACCUCCCACCCGCCCGUCAGCCUCAUGUCAACUCUACACGUACACGAGGCAACGUCGGAGAUUCUGGGAGGUCCUGAGAAAUACGUAAGGGUGGGCAGCUCUCUUCGCCUCGUGUGUGUUCUGAGAGGUAACACAGAACCUCCUGCCUAUGUGUUCUGGUACCACGGGCGUCACAUGAUCAACUUCCACGACACAAGAGAGGUGCGAGUCGAGAACAGCGGAGCACUCAGCGUUCUCUUCCUGUCUCACGUAUCAGCGAGUGACAGCGGUAAUUACACGUGCGCGCCCUCCAACACUCGCGCAGCCUACAUCCUUAUCCACGUGUUGAAAGGAGGAGAGACACCAGCAGCUAUUCAUUCUGGAGAAAGGAAGACAAACACUCCUCCUUGCCUCUUCCUCCUCCUCCUCCUCCUCCUCCUCCUAGUGACUCCCACCAGCGGCUCCUCCUCCCAGCUGUCGGCACGGCGGCACAGACUCCUGCACGUAGCCGGCCAAGGAGGGACUGGUGUCUUGAAGCAUCCUUGUCUUUGUACCCCAUCUCCUCCUCCUGCUGCUGCUUCUGCUGCCGCUGCCGCCGCCAUCUCCCGCAGGAUCCCCCCCCCUCAAGGGGACAAGACAAUUGGUGUGAGGGGCAGCAGAGGCGAGUCCCAGUACACAUACACCUCUGGAUAUCAUUAAUGUAUUCCCUAUAUAUAAUUUGCUUCGUAUUUACAUUAGUUAAGGUCAAGUGUGGCGAGUGUAUAAGGUAUAUUUUAUGAUUAAGUUUUUGUUUUAUUGUUUUGGUAAUUUAUCAUAUGCAAGUUUUUUUGUUUAAUUUUUUUGUGAUAUUGUAUAGAAUUCUCUGUGAAAUGCUUUACAAGUAGGAGUUGUGAAGGAAGUUAUCAUGUUACUGUAUUAAUCUUCCUUUCACUUUUCUUUGAGUGAAGUACGAAGCUUUUAAAUUUGUAUUACAGUCUUAUAGCUCUCCUACUUCAACUUAGUAAGAUACAAAGUUAUCAAGUUACUAUUUAUUAUUUACUCUCAGUUUAGCUUUUCUCGGUGUGGAUGCAGUAAGUUAUUUAGGUUAAUUUCUUUGUAAUACCAUCUUUCCACUCCCUUUCUGUAAUUGAGUGAUGAGAGAAAUGCUGUAAAAAUCAUUCAUUAUUUUUCACUACUUCCUUUUCAUUUCAUUUCUGUGAGUAAUGUAGAAGCAAUUUUUCUUGAACUCUCAUUCACAUCUUUUUUAGCAACUGGGUUAUGCUUCUCCAUAAUCUAUUUAACUGAGUGAUAUAGAAAGUAUUGCAAGUUAUUUUUUUCUUUCUAAGUUUAUGUAUCACCUUUUCACUUCUCUUUUUGUAACUGGGUUAAGUAAAGAGUGACAGUAUUGUUUAGGAGUACUGACUGUGUUUCCACUGGUAGCACUCUGUAGUCUUGAGUACUGCAGACAUUGCUGAUGAUGCUCCUUGGGUUGGAAAACUACUGAGAAACAAGUAUAUGUAUAUAUUCAUAAAAAAUAUAGUCAAUAAAAAAUACAAUGAUGUACUUUAAAAAUAUUCUAAGGUUGAUUUAUAUCUAUACACAUAAAAACAUUUGACUA